UCCUCCCAGAGCUCAACCGUUAGUGACGCUGAAGCCAGUGGAGGAAGCGUGUAUGCUGUUGCUGCACUGCGGGGUCGUGUCUCCACAAAAUACGUAGAAACUCGCAAUAAAAACUCAAUCGACGCUGGUUCAGUAACCAUGGCCGAAGGCGAUAACAAAAGCGCAAAUAUGCUAGCUCAGGAAACAGCCCAGCUGGAGGAGCAGCUGCAGGGCUGGGGUGAAGUGAUCCUAGCUGGGGAUCGCGUCCUGCGCUGGGAAAAACCUUGGUUCCCUGGAGCACUGAUCAUCGUUACCACCGUCCUCUUCCUGCUGAUUUACUACCUGGACCCAUCAGUGCUGACUGGGCUCUCCUGCACCGUCAUGUUGCUCUGCCUGGCUGACUACCUGGUGCCCACCCUUGCACCCCGAGUCUUUGGCUCCAAUAAGUGGACCACUGAGCAGCAGCAGCGUUUCCAUGAGAUCUGCGGUAACCUGGUGAAGACCCAGCGUCGGGUCGUGGGCUGGUGGAAGCGUCUCUGUGCCCUCAAGGAGGAGAAGCCCAAAAUGUACUUCGCCUCAGUGAUCAGCAGCCUGCUGGCAAUGGCUUGGAUCGGACAGCAGGUGCACAACCUGUUCCUCACCUACCUGAUAGUGAACUUCCUGCUGCUGCUGCCCGGCCUGAAUCAGCAUGGCAUCAUCACAAAGUAUGCCUCCAUGGCCAAGAGGGAGAUCAACAAACUGCUCAAACAGAAGGAGAAGAAGAACGAGUAGAUGAAGGUGUAGACAAAAAGGGGCAUCUCUGAAAGAUGAACCAUGACACAAAAUGGAAGGUGGAAGGAAGUUGAUUGGCUGAAACGAAAGCCUCCUGCUUCUUCAGUCUCUGCCACAGAGCAAGACACUUUUUUUUUUUUUUUUUUUUUUUCCUUCAGAGAUUCGUUUCUCCCUCCCACUAUUUGACAUUUUCAUCCUCAUCACCCACUUUUUUUUUUUUUUUUUAAUUUAUCUGCCAUGCAUGCAGCCUCCACAUGAAGGUUUUGAUAUUGUUCACAACACUGAAACAUUCAGCAACAUGUGCACACAACCCCGUCAUGUACACGAGUUUAAAAUCUUCCUUCUGUUUCUUUAAAUGUGCAGUGUUUUUAAGAUGUCAGAAAUGCUUUUAAGCCAUUCCCUCUACUUAGACAAAGUGACUACUGAGCAGUUUUGUACCAUUACUGCAUCAUUUAACCUCUGAUUCCUCACAGUAAAGUUGUUUGUUUUUGUUUUUUUCCUCCAGGACAGUUUGUCACAUGAGAACAGGUCAUGAAAGUUUUACUGUUUUUUUUUUUUUUUUUUUUUUUUUCUCUCUUAUUCUGCUUUGGUUUUAAACAUAGCGCUGAAAACAAAACUGGAUUUAAAGCAGAGCUCAUCAGGAGUGAAACUGUUCCUAGAUACAAGCCUAAUGCGAUACCGCUGCUAGCUGGACUCUGAACUAUUAGCUCGUAUAUAAAAACCCCAGUUUGUUACCGGUGUGGGGUGUUUUUUGUGUAAAUAGGCCUAUCCCUCACUCUGUUCCUGUCAGUCAUCCUUUUCUGUGUUCUUGUUAUUUAUGUGUUCUUUCCUCCUCAGUCUCUCUCUGAUCACUGUCUUUCAGCUCGUUUCAUUAUUUGUCUUUAUUGGAGAUCUUUACGACAAUGAAUAAAGUUUGAUUUAAAUGAA